UGGUUUUGUAUAUGAAAAGGAUUAUACACACGUGAGAAGGAGAGACUCGCGGAGAUGUCGUUGGUAGAUUACGCCUCGUCCGACGACGAAGACGACGUCGUUCCGGUUGAUCCCGUCGGAGAAGACGACAAGGCUCAACCUCAAGGUCCUCAACCUCGCCCAAACCACAACCAGCUUACUGAACCAAGUGAGAAGCCUGAACCUGAAAUUGUGAAACUUCCUGAUGCUUCAGAACUGUUGAACUCUUCUGAAUUUUCAUAUAGUUCAUUGAGUGGUCAAAGUGCAUCAUCAUCAUCAAGGAAGAGAGACCCAGUUGGUUUAGGUUCGUCUCUGCCGCGCAGUAAAGUUCCAAAAGGGAUUUUGAGUCAUUCCAAGAGUGUUCCAGAUACUGUUGGUGGCAUUCUUGUUCCUCCCCAACUUCGUGGAAGGAGCAACGUUGUUACAGAAGACAUAAACAAGCUCUUUGUCAAAAAGCAAGUCGAACCUUCAUCGAAGUAGGUGAUAACUAACAAUGAUUGUAGUAUAGUGUUUGGAUAAUAAGACCUUUCAUGAACGAAUCUCAACUUGUUGAGAGACUAGUAGAAUGUAAAAGCUAUGUAGCAAUUGCAUUCUACAAUUGUUUUAGUUAAUGAGAUUGUUAAAGUAGAAUUUACAACUUUAAACAAGUACUAUUGGAUUGAAAGUAGUCAAUGCAGUUUUGGUAGUUUUUGUGUACA